CAGCAGUCACCUGUACGGAAGCCCGGCCAAGGUGAUAGUGCUGGUGGUCAGCCCACUGUAGUUACUAUGGGCGGCUGGCUUGGCCACCGCACGUCUGAGCAGGCAGGAGGGUACAGUAAUUACUGUAUGGAGCGCACAGCAGCUGCGGCGGCGGCGGGCGCGGCGGCAGCAGCAGCGGCAGGUUCCCUGGAUCAGGAAAUUAGGGCAGGCACGGGGGAUUGGAGGCGCGAGCGGCGCGCGAGCCAACCAGCAGCCACCCAGGGCCCCAGUGAGUCACGAGCGGCCGAGGGGAGCAGCCCCGGGCCGGCAGCUGGAGCAGCAGCCACCGCGGACACGCAUGCACACACGCACACACUCCUCCACACACUCAUCCAUACGUGCGCACACGGACACACAGGGCUUAGGCACCCGGUUGGCGUGUAUAAGAAGAGCCGGGCGUGGGGGGAGGGGGGGAAGUCUGCCGGCGUCUGUUCCUCCUCCUUGACCACUCCUCCCGCUCCCCCACUCUCACUCCUUCUCCCUCCUUUUCCCCCCCUCUCCAGUCGCCUCUGUGCUUGGCUCCUGGCUCCGGCUCUCUUCACGGUUCCCUUCCCCACCCCCUCACCCUUUCCUUCCCCUCCUCUGCAUCGCCUGCGUUAUUUUCGUUUAGCAGGCUUGGUUUUGCACAGCUGCGAGGGGGAGAGAGCGGUGUCGGCACCACCUCCAGCAGCAGCAGCCCAGGAGCAGCAGCAGGAGCUGGGCACCAUGGGCACGUCCUCGCUCUGGGGACUCUGGCUCCUAGUCGCGAUGUGGUGUUUGUCUGGGGAGCGCAGCACUGUGGAGGGGACAAGAACAAAAUGUGAGUCAUCUCAGUUCCAGUGCAGUAAUGGCCGCUGUAUUACUUUAUUGUGGAAAUGUGAUGGUGACGAAGACUGUAGCGAUGGCAGUGAUGAGAGUUCAUGUGUGAAGAAGACAUGUGCUGAGUCUGACUUUGUGUGCAAUAAUGGCCAGUGUGUACCGAACAGAUGGCAGUGUGAUGGGGACCCAGACUGUGAAGAUGGAUCUGAUGAAAGGCCAGAGCAAUGCAAUAUGAGAACCUGCCGAAUAAAUGAGAUCAGCUGCGGUGUCCGAUCAACUCAGUGUAUCCCAGUGUCCUGGAAGUGUGACGGUGAAAACGACUGUGACAGUGGAGAAGAUGAAGAAAACUGUGGCAAUGUAACUUGUAGUCCAGAAGAAUUUACUUGUUCCAGUGGUCGUUGCAUCUCUAAAAACUUUGUCUGCAAUGGUCAGGAUGAUUGUAGUGAUGGCAGUGAUGAAUUAGACUGUGCUCCUCCUACAUGUGGUGCCCAUGAGUUCCAGUGCAGCACUUCUUCCUGUAUCCCCAUCAGUUGGGUAUGUGAUGAUGAUGCUGAUUGCUCUGACCAGUCUGAUGAGUCCCUUGAGCAGUGUGGACGCCAGCCAGUGCCUCAUGAAAAGUGUCCAGCCAGUGAGAUCCAGUGUGGUUCAGGGGAGUGUAUCCAUAUGAAGUGGCGCUGUGAUGGGGACCCUGACUGCAAAGAUGGAAGUGAUGAGAUAAACUGUCCUUCUCGAACAUGCCGACCUGACCAGUUUGAAUGUGAAGAUGGCAACUGUAUUCAUGGCAGCAGACAGUGCAAUGGGGUCAGAGACUGUAUAGAUGGCACAGAUGAAAUCAAUUGCAAAAAUGCCAAUCAGUGUUCUGGACCUGGAAAAUUCAAGUGUAGAAGUGGGGAAUGCAUAGACAUCAGCAAAGUGUGCAACCAGCAACAAGACUGCAAGGACUGGAGUGAUGAACCCCUGAAGGAAUGCAAUGUAAAUGAAUGUUUGGUUAACAAUGGUGGAUGCUCGCAUAUCUGCAAAGACCUCAUUAUAGGUUAUGAAUGUGACUGCGCUGCUGGGUUUGAACUGAUAGAUAGGAAGACAUGCGGUGAUAUUGAUGAAUGCCAAAAUCCUGGAAUCUGCAGUCAAAUUUGUAUCAACUUAAAAGGCGGUUACAAGUGUGAAUGUAGUCGUGGCUAUCAAAUGGAUCUUGCCACUGGAGUGUGCAAGGCAGUAGGAAAGGAACCAAGCUUAAUCUUCACUAAUCGAAGGGACAUCAGAAAAAUUGGCCUGGAAAGGAAAGAAUACAUUCAACUUGUAGAGCAACUAAGAAAUACCAUAGCACUAGAUGCUGACAUAGCUGCCCAGAAGUUAUUUUGGGCUGAUCUAAGCCAAAAAGCAAUCUUCAGUGCCCCAAUUGAUGUUCGUGACAAAGUUGGUAGACAUGUUAAAAUGAUCGACAAUGUCUAUAAUCCUGCAGCCAUUGCUGUUGACUGGGUGUACAAGAAUAUCUACUGGACUGAUGUGGCUUCCAAGACAAUUUCAGUGGCUACUUUAGAUGGAACCAAGAGGAAGAUCCUAUUUAAUUCUGAUUUGCGAGAGCCUGCCUCCAUAGCUGUGGACCCGUUGUCUGGCUUUGUUUACUGGUCAGACUGGGGCGAACCAGCUAAAAUAGAAAAAGCAGGAAUGAAUGGACUUGACAGACGGCCACUGGUGACUGUAGACAUUCAAUGGCCUAAUGGAAUUACACUUGACCUUGUAAAAAGCCGUCUAUAUUGGCUCGAUUCUAAACUGCACAUGCUGUCCAGUGUGGAUUUGAAUGGUCAAGAUCGUAGGAUAGUACUCAAGUCUCUUGAGUUCCUAGCUCAUCCUCUUGCUGUCACAAUAUUUGAGGACCGUGUCUAUUGGAUAGAUGGUGAGAAUGAAGCAGUCUAUGGUGCCAACAAAUUCACAGGGUCAGAACUGGCUACUCUUGUUAACAACCUCAAUGAUGCUCAAGAUAUAAUUGUAUACCAUGAACUUGUACAACCAGCAGGCAAAAACUGGUGUGAAGAAGACAUUGAAAAUGGAGGGUGUGAGUAUCUAUGUCUACCAGCACCACAGAUCAAUGAUCACUCUCCAAAAUAUGCCUGUUCCUGUCCCAAUGGAUAUAAUCUGGAAGGUGACGGCAGGGCAUGUAGAAGAAUCAAUGUGACUACUGCAAUAUCAGAAGUAAAUCCUUCUCCAGGAGGAACUUCAGCUGCCUGGGCCAUCCUUCCUGUCUUGCUCUUGGCCAUGGCUGCAGCUGGAGGUUACUUUAUGUGGAGGAACUGGCAACACAAGAACAUGAAAAGCAUGAAUUUUGACAAUCCUGUCUACCUGAAAACCACGGAAGAAGAUCUCACAAUAGAUAUUGGAAGACAUAGUACUUCUGUUGGACACACUUAUCCAGCAAUAUCAGUUGUAAGCACAGAUGAUGACCUAGCUUGAAUAUCUGGACAAGAGACAGACCUUUCAAUCUACACUAAGUCCUAAACUUUUUUUGGAUGGUAACCAAACCAGUGGCUGAAAAACAGUUCUCUUCCUACCAUCUGGAAGAAUAUGAUCAUAUUAUUUGUGUGGAACAAGCUUGUGUACUCAACUUUUUUAUAUUCCACUUUUUUGUAAAUAUUCUUGUCCACAGUUUAGUUCAGCUCUGGAUGUGGUUACCAAAUAUCUGUAACCCUUGAAUUUUUUUAGACAGUAUUGCCACCAAUGGCCAAAUAUGCACUUUCCAUAGAAAGCCAUAUUCCAGCAAUGAAACUUGUUCUAUAUAGUAUACAACCUGUACAUAACUUGUAUAGGCCAUCUGUAAAUAUCCCGAAGAACAAUCACUAUUCUUAAGCACUUUGAAAAUAUUUCUAUGUAAAUUAUUGUAAACUUUUUUUCAAUGGUUGGGGCAAUGGCAAUAGGAGAAAACGGGUUACUAAGAUGAAAUUGCCAAAAAAAAUUUGUAAACUAAUUUUGUAUGUGUGAGUGAAAUCUUUGUAGCCUCCAUGGAGGCUUGCAGAGGGUGAGUGUUCAGCAAACCACUGUACAAUUUUUUUCUAAGUGCUAAAAUUAAACCAAGCAGCUUAACAAUGGCUUGUGCCUAUUCCUAUAGGGUGGGAGUGUAUUUCGUGUAUCAGCACCCCAAGUGACAUUACUUGGGCUUAGUCUGUUCGGCAAAGCAUAAACAAAGCUUUAAGGUUUAGUUACUAUGAGAUGCAGUAGCCUAUAGAUUUUGAUGUCUUAUGGCCCUGGUCUGAAUCCUGUUAGCUUAACACUUUUAUUUAAAAAAAAUCUUGGGAAUGGUAGACUAGGAAGAGGAGUAGAAGUUAGAUUACCAAAAAUCCUAUCAAAUUCUUCUUGGAAGAAUUAACAUUGUCCUAAUUACCAUUCUAGUACCAGGGAAUUUGGCUUCAAAGUUUAUGUAUGGUACCAAAAAAUGAGUUCUUUAUACUACCAGCUACCCAUUUUUGUUAGCACCCUUUCUGGAGAAUGUCCCUGCUUUAGUGUAUUUUUCAUUAAUGAUACCUGAACAAAUCCAUGCUUCUUUCCUAGGAAUGGCUAUAUUUCUCCACAUGCUUAAAGACUCAAAGGAGUCAAAAUGAAGGAUGUUUUGCAUUGGGGUGAGGGAAUUACUUCAUUCACCAGGCAAAAAUUACAGAAAUUACUUGACCAACUUGGACAAGGUGAACAUAGUCUGCUUUCUGAAGUUUUAUAGAAGGAGGAUUUAAUUUUGACAGUGACUAGUUAGGGAACCACUACUGAUCAGGAUGGUAGAAUAGAGAGGGUUUUCUCAAAGAUAUGGUUGGGAGAAAUGAGGUCAGCAGAACAGAAGUGAAAGCCCCUUCCAUUCUCUAGCUCACGAAAGACAAGUGGUGAAAAUUUGCUUGAAUUUGCAACACGAAGUCUCCUGUCUUUAUUUACACAUAAUGUUCUGCUUUACACUAAGAGGCUAAGCUUCAAAUAUACAAUUAGUUUUGCAUGGAAUCCAUGCAUAGACUAUCCAUGGGAGCAGUAGAUUCUUUCUAGAGUCAGGGCAGAAUAAAAAUCAUGGACCAGAGAUAUAGGCAGGAAAAAGAACUACAGUGGGUAAUUUUUUUUAAUGGACUCUCAAUGUAUAUGGUAUUGGAGAAAUCCAGAAUAGGCUAAAAACCAAGAAAUGAUCAGAUCUUGGGAGUCCAGGGCAGAGAAGGAUCUAAGCCUGAAUUUAUUAGCUUUUCUUGAUAUAACAAGGAAGAGGAGAGAAACAUCUUGUUGACACAAAAUGCCUUUAUUGAUUUGACAAUAUGACACUAAUAAUAAGGAAAUGGAGAUGAAAUUGUCAGAAAAUUUGUCAAAUGUAUAAAGAUAAAAAAUGUAGUAAUUAACCAGUUGAGCUCUUUAAGGGUCAUGACUUAAGAAUGCUUAAACACUGAGAAGAAAAUGAAGAAUUAGGUUUAGCUUCUAAAACUCUUACCUUUAUAGGUAACCAAGAUCCCAUUAAUGUCUUGGCUUUCAAGUAGGAUGUAAGCAUGACCAUUUCCCUAGCAAGAGCUGGAACUAAAAAUGACAAGUUACUUAUUAAACUUGGGUAACUUAUAAACUUCCCCAAAAGCUUCAAGAAUAAAUGUGGUUUUGUAACCAUGGGCAUGAGUGAAUAAGAAGUUUUACUAGCUCCCCUUUUAUCUGUUACAAUAUACUAAAUACCUCAUUUGUUACCAGAUUAUUAAAGAGUAAGAAAGUGGAGUAAAUCACUGUUGUUGCCUACCUAAUGAGAAGGAUUGACACUGGACAACUAACUCUAGACAAUACAUUACAUUCAUUCCUGCUCAACCUGUGGGUUAUUUUAAAUGAUUGAAGUGGCCGUAUUUUAGUAUUUCUAGUUUUUAUUGCUGGAUGUGCCUCAUAGCUGAAAAGGAAGGUAGGUAAACUGGGCCUUGGCCAUAGCAUAUAUAUUUUAAAAUUUUAAGAUAAAUAGGGAGAGGAAUGUUCUACAAAGCCUUCCAAAUGUUCCAUGUUGAACCCUUGCUGGCAUACACCAAAAGAGGUAGUCAAACUCUCCAUUAUCCACAUUUAAUGGAAAUGGACAUUAGCAUUAAUCCAAAACAAUUUAUAUUUUACUUUAGAUUGCAUUGUAAAUUUAUUUCAAGUCUUACCUUAAAGAUGAAUCUUAAAAGUAAUUGUAUCUGCAUAUAAGCAUAGCAGGUGGUCGGAAGGUCGUAUAGAAGUAUCAAGAAGAUAAAACUGAGUACACUUUAUAAUAAUAAGUAGCUUUCCAAGUUAUAUGAAACCAUUUAGCCUUUCUAAAGGGUUUUUUUCUAACUGGAAACCUAAGUUACUUGAAUUACAAUAUACCACACAUCGAGUUUUUAUAAUGCUAAAGUUCUUUGUUCAUUCAAGUUCACACUCAAAAUAAAUAGCAGGAGCUUCUCAUAAUAUAUUGAGUAAAUGAGUAAGAACGACCUGAUCAAGGAUCAAGUUCCUCAAUGCAGCCAAGAAUGGCUUUUACAUUUUUCAAUACAAUAAAAACUAUUUCAAAAAUGUAAAAAAUAACAUUUUUAGCUGUGGGCCAUAUAACAACAAGAGUGGUCUGGAUUUUCUUUGUCCCCUGCCUUAAGGGGCUGAUAUUUUAAAGCUUAUUCUAAAAAUUAUUGCUUUAGAUCUCUUCUCUUCCACCAGCUUACCUGAAUUGUUUUGUGCUCUGAAAAUUUUAAAGCAUUUAAAUGACUAUUCUUUACUAACUCUAGUUGUCAAGUUAUCAUUCUCUGGGCUUAUGGAAAGUCUAUAUAUAGUUUUUUUAAUGUCUUUUCAAUAAUUAUCAGAAACAGCAAAUUUUAAGAACUAGUCAGCAAAAGUAUGCCAUUAAAUGUUUAAACAACAUUUAAAAACCAAAACACGGGAAAGCCUUUAGGAGAAGAAUGUGAAGUCGGGAGAUCAGUUUAGUACCUUUCACUCUACUAAACAGCCAGAAGGAACAUAUUAGGUAAUGAUGCCUUCCAGAGUGUUAAAAAGCAGGAAAACAGGAUUAACUUGAAAAGCUAUCAAUGAAACUCUAUAUAAUAACUUCAUCUUAUUCUGAAGCUAAAAGAAGCCUGAAUGUCUUAGUAUAGCACUAGGGUAUCUCAUAUUUUGUGUGUGUGUGUGUGUGUGUGUGUGUGUGUAUCUAUCUCCAUAUAUCCCCAUACAUACACACACACACACACACACACACACAUACACACACACACACACAAACAGAUUGAUUCCAAUGGCUGUGAUGAUCCUCCAAGUUGGAAGAAGGCCAACUUAUUGUUCUAAGACACUGGUUUCUUGCUUUCUGUUCAGUAUCAUCCUUACAAAUACAUUAUUUAUUUCAGCUUUUUCUUCCAACUUUAGAUAUCCCUAGUAUAUAAGGUGUCUCAUGGAAGUAUAUAUUGAUAUCAUAGAGAAAAGGGGUCACUUUGGGGCAUGGAGGUAGAAUAGAGUUUGGAGCAAACUAUUUUCCUCUGUUCUGCAGUGGAGGGUUCCUCUGGUCAGUCACCCUGCGGUUCCUGCAGAUAAAGUGAGUGGUAGCCAACUGUCCCAGCACUCAUAUAACUGAGUUAGAUGAGAAGAGGAGGAUUGUUAUAUCUUGAAUCAACCUGUCCAAUACAGUGAGUCAGAAGGACCAUUAAAAUCUGGGUAAUGGCAAAACUUCAGGUCUUUCUCCCCUCAGGCUAGUGAGUAGGGUAUGCAUGUUUCCAAGUCCAUGACCUUGGCUCAUGCUAUUCUAGAGCCCACUCACAGCAGGAAGCAAUAAUGAAAGCCAUGGACAGACCUAACCUAGAGCUCCUAUCUGAAGCAUGCUAGCUGGGUUGGUUUGCAUUUUCUGUUUGAUGCCUGCUUCAGGCGCAAGAGAUGAUGCAAUCAAACACAUACUACUGGUACGCUGGUACCAAAUUCUUCUUUUAAUGAGGUGAUGUUCAAUUUCUAAGUACACAUCACAAACAGGACUUUUAAACCGCUGUUUGAAAGAGCAUUGAACUGGGGAGUCUGGAAACCUGGGUUCUGAUGUUGGCACUGACUAGCAACGUGACCUUGGGCGAGUUAACUUGCCUCUUUGGGUCUUUGGUAAAAUGAGAAUGGGAUAUCAAUUUCAAAGACCCAUUCUCUCUUUAGAAUCUUGUUACAGGAAAGGUCAGAAGCUGAACAGUGGAAUUUAGGGUUUUUGUGGGGGGAGAAUAGGUAUAUAUAAAGGUCACAACUGGGGGGACUGCUAGAAUAAAUUAAAGUGCUUUGACCCUAGUUUGCAUCUGUUUGUCAAAACUUUUCAAAGUAUUAAGUAGCAGUUCUGCUGUGUCUAGAAAGGGUCAAGUUGAGGACAGAAGGGGCUGUGGGGACCACUGGCUAAAUCUUUGGCCACAGACAGUACCUACUUAGUGGUACCCGAAUAGCCAAGGUAUAAAGCACCUGUAGCCCAGGUUGGCUCAGAGAUAAUUAACUUUGCUACAAAUAAACAUAAAACCUAACAAGUUGUGAAUAAUGACACUGAUUUGGGGGUGCUGACUAAUCAGAUCAGUACCAAAUAUCUGUUGAGCUCUGCUUUAUGCCUUCUUUCAUUGGGGAUAUGUUGUAGAUUUAUACUGUUUUGUUAGGACGUUUCAUGUUUAGUGCCCAAGCAAGAGAACGCCUGUCUCUAGGUUUAUUCCCAAACAUGGCAACAUUCCAGUACUCUAUAACACGGACUGACAUAUUCACUUUUGUUUAGCUUUUUUUGCUGAGCUAGCACUGUUUCACACCUGGAGGAUGUUUUAGCUGGUUAUUGUGGGGAUUCUGUGUAGCAUAAGCAAGUUAUUAGACGAAAAAUUUAAAAACAAAGUUCCCCCAAAGGUAAAUUUUGAGGGAUGAUUAGAUGAUCUCUGAGGUCCCAUCCAGCUAUAAAGUUCUGUCUUGUAUGUUUACUCAUGUCUUUACCACAGGAAUUAAUCAUAAAAAUACUAACCAUCUGGCGUACAGGUCUGGGAGUUUGGGGGCAGGGGAGGGGGACUUUGCAGGAAAGCAGUAAUAGACAACAGAGCCAAGCAGGAGCUAUUGUGUUCUGGUAUAACAGAUGUGAUGAUUCAGAAUUGACCCUGAUCUGCAUAUUCUUGUAUGGAAAGUCAGCCAUGGCAUCUGUGGAUGUGUGCAAAUCUAUACCUGCAGAAGAGAAAUCAUGUCCUAGUUUGAAGCCCUCUUAGUCAAGGGGUUUGUAAGCUUUUUUUGUGUCAGGGACCCCUUUGUCAGUCUGGUGAAGCAUAUGGCCCCCUUCUCAGAAGAAUCUCUUUAAGUGUAUAAAAUACAUAGGAUUACAAAGUUAACCGAUUAUGUUGGAAUACAGUUAUCAAAACACUCAUGGACUUCAUGUUAAGAAUGCCUGCUUUUAGUCCCUUGAAUAUACUAUAGGAUAUCUGAAUCUUAUAAUACUUUUUGAAAACUGAGUCCAGUCUGGGAAAAUCACAUUGUCACACAUUGGGACCUUUAGAUAGCCCCACUUGGGAAAUGUACAGUGCUGCUGAUCUGUAGAUAAGAGCUUUUAGCCUCUAACCCUUUUAAUCACCCUUAUGAUUAAAUAAAAAUCUAUUUUUCAAAAA